AUGAAUCAAGACCAGCGGAUUGUUUACAACGCAUUCUUGGAGUCUAUAAGAGAUCAGUCAGGAAGGUUGUUCUUUGUUUAUGGAGCAGGAGGGACAGGAAAAACGUACCUAUACAGGACUCUUAUCGCAAGCCUUAGGUCAACUGGCAAAGUCGUUAUUCCUGUUGCUACGGCUGGGAUCGCAGCACUGCUGCUUCCAGGCGGCCGAACAGCUCAUUCCCGGUUUAAGCUACCUCUAACUCUAGAUGAUCAUUCGAUGUGUAAUAUUCACAGAGGGUCCAGCUUGGCAACCCUAUUAUCGAAAGCAGAUUUAAUAAUAUGGGAUGAAGCUCCAAUGGCACACCGUCACGCUUUUGAGACUCUAGACCGUUCCCUCAGGGAUUUGUUAUCUCAUGAAGACCCCUUAUCUGCAGACAAGCCGUUCGGUGGCAAGACCGUGCUUCUUGGAGGUGAUUUCAGACAGAUAUUGCCAGUAGUGCCGCAUGGUAAACGUUCUGAUACAGUCCUCGCAUCCCUUAGUAAAUCUUAUUUAUGGAACCUGGCGAAGGUGUUCACACUUUCCAUAAACAUGCGACUACGGCAAGAAGACAAGGAUUUUGCUAAGUGGAUAUUGGAAGUUGGUGAUGGAGAUGCUGAGACUAUAGAUUCACAUAAAGUCAAGCAUGAUGAUGGUGAUCAGAUUAUUGUGGACGAGAGUUUCUUAAUACCUAAAUCCGACUUUCCUCAUGAGGUGUUGGCAAGUGCUGCGUAUCCUAACUUCCUGCAUAACUACAGGAACAAGGACUACCUGAGAGAGAGAGCAGUUCUGACGCCUACAAACAGUACAAUACAUGAGGUAAACUCAUAUCUCCUCUCUCAGGUCCCGUCUCAGGCUAGAGAGUAUUUAAGUUCAGAUUCAGUAGAGGUGGAAGCUACACCAGAUGAUGAUUGGACCAGAAAUUACCCCCAAGAGUACUUGAAUUCUCUAGAAUUUCCUGGCCUUCCAAACCAUAGAUUGUGUUUAAAGGUAGGAGCUCCCGUAAUGAUGCUGCGCAACCUAAAUCAGGAUCAUGGUCUAUGCAAUGGUACAAGAAUGGUGGUCAGUAAACUUGAUGAUAGGAUUAUUGAGGUGGAAAUCAUGACAGGUUCAGAAGCUGGGGAACGAAUAUUGCUCCCUAGGAUACAGUUAAGCCCGACUGACACCAUACAUCCUUUCACCUUUCGUCGACGACAGUACCCAGGCCAGCUAUAUGUUGCCAUGUCCCGAGUGACAACGCCUGGAGGUUUAAAGAUAUUAGACAACACUUCCGAUAAAGACUAUCGGACGUGUGAUCCGGAAGAAGCAGGUUCAUGCGACUCUGGUUGCAACGGUGGCCUCAUGAACAGCGCUUUUGAAUACACGCUCAAAACCGGAGGGCUCGUGAGAGAGGAAGACUAUCCUUACACCGGAAAGGACGGGGCCACUUGCAAGCUGGACAAGUCCAAGAUCGUCGCAUCCGUUUCCAACUUCAGUGUCAUCUCCAUUGGCGAAGAGCAGAUCGCUGCGAACCUGGUCAAGAACGGACCUCUUGCGGUAGCCAUCAACGCCGCAUAUAUGCAGACUUACAUUGGAGGAGUCUCGUGCCCUUACAUAUGCAUGAGGAGGCUCAACCAUGGUGUCUUGUUGGUUGGUUAUUGUUGA